CAUGUGCCUUGACAGAAUCAACCGGAUGAAGGAGGAAGCGCCAGUUGUUGCUGUUCUGGGCGGGCUAGUUUAAAAUGGAUUUGAUAGCUGCGCUGCGAUUCCUGAACCUGAACCAAGUUUCCCAAGAAUGGGUGGAUGCUGUGUGGGACUUGGAGUUCACAGAGAGGAAGCCACUAGACAUAGAGGAGGAACUCUGCGCGGCUGGAGAUGACUCCUUCAGCAAGCUGUACCAGUGUUUGGUGGCUCAUGCUGCAGACCAGCAGCAGUCUGCCGGCCGGGAUGGAGCUUCACAGGGCGUCUGGGUGAUCCUCGGGGAGAACGGGGUGUCGGUGAAGUCUCUGGUGGCCGUGCUGUCCUACUUCGUCCUGGCAGCGAAGGCCAAGGGGGCCAACGCACAGCAGAGGGUGUGUGGACUCUAUGCAGCCUCGGUCUACCUGCUGCUGCUGGGCAUCCCAGGUAGUAUUGCCAGCAAGGUUUUCCACGCGGUCUUGUUGGACACCUGUACUGGCCUGACCUCAGACUGCUGGCCUCAGGACUCUGGGAAGAAGCGCAAGAAGGACGGCCUGAAAAGUUCCCAAGCUGACAGCAAACGCUCCAAACCACAGCGGAGAAAAGCUCCAGAGAUGGACAUGGACGAGGAAGAGGAGGAAGAAGAGCUGCUCUUCUCUGGCCAGGAGCUGAUGAAGAUCAGAGACGGCGUCGCUCUCUUGGUCCAAAGUCUCCUCCGUCUCCUGCAAACAUUUCCGCUCAAAGACAUGCCUCAGAGCGCCAGCAACUGCGCGCAGAUCUUCAGUAAGCUGCUCUACUUUGAACCUGUGCUGGGCGAGCCGACCUUCGCUGCUCCACGCGAUCUCUGCGAGCUCAAGAGUGUUCCAGAGAUGGCUUUCUAUGGCCUGAAGCUGCUCUGCUCACCAAGACACGGAGACCAGAAAGAAUCCCUGCGGGCGGUCUUCCAUCGGCUGCUCUACGUCAUCCUGAUGAUGAAUAAGGGCCACAGUGGGAAGCCUUCCCUUCUCACCCCUAACCAGGCCGUCCUCACAACCCGCGAUCAGGCCGUCCACUUUGUUUGUCAUCUAGUGGAGGAGCUGAAAGAGCUGGCUUUACCUUUCCUUCAAAUCCUCCUGCAGCAUAUCUGCUUCCAGAUGGUGGAGAAAAGCGAGUAUCGGCACCACGGAGCCCAGGCUGUGGGUAUGCUGACGUCUCAGAUGGCCAGUACGGACUACGCCCACUUCAUCAAGUGGCUCUUCAACUUCUCCAGUCAUUCAAAGAUGGUGCACCGGCUGUUCUCCGUGGACGUGGUGAUGGUCCUGUUGGCGCAGCCAGAGAGAAACCUGGAGGAAUGUCAGGACCCAGACCUUGCCAGGUUCCUGCCACACAAGUUCCUGAUCCAGGACCUGUUGUUUGCUCGACGAACGGACGAGUCCCCCACCGUCCAGGGCCACGCCCUUUCCUGCCUGGCUCAGUGUUUGGAGCUGCCCUCGCCCAACGCCACCCAGGCCAUCCACGGCCUCUUCUCUGCCACUGGGUCACAGACGGUGCUGGAGCAGGAACUCUCAGCAGGAUCAUGUACCCAGAAAACCUACAGAACUCUCCCCUUCAGGACGGUGGAGAUCGGCUGUGCCGACAGGUCCAGCUGUGAGGCUAAAGACAACCUAAGUCUUCUCCUGCGCCGUGUCAGUGACUCAAAGACCAACGUGAGGAAAGCAGCCCUACAGGCUUUGGUGGGUCUCCUGAAACACGACGUGAUUCCCACAACCUGGGAGAAUCUAGAGACUCUGUCGGAGCGCAGCAGAGAUCCGGCUGUGUCUGUGAAGAAGAAGGCCUUACAGAGCCUGGGAGAACUGCUCGCCGCUAAACCAGAGUGCAGUAUGGUCCAGAAGGCGUGGCUGCACUGUGUGGUCCCAGCUGUGAUGGACUCGGAGAACUCUGUGCAGGACAAGGCCUUGGAGAUUCUGGAGCUGGUGCUGCUGGACCAGGUGAAGCCUCACUCUGAGGGUCGCCACCUGGACAACAGCCAGAAGCUGACCUGGGACCUGCUUGGCCUGCUGUGUAACGAGUGCCAGAACCUUGGCCGAUAUUUCAGCAGGGCCUUCACCAUCUGGUCCAAACAGAGCAAGUUCACCCCAGCGUUCAUCUCUAACCUGAUCUCCCACACCGAGUCGGACCACGCUGCCGGGGCCUGGCUGCUGCUCUCCAAGGUCGCCGCCUCAGUGUCCAGCAUACCACACGGCAAGAUCCUGGAUGCCUGGGACACCAUGGUCAGAUCAAAUAGUGCGAAUGCGAUGAACUGCUGUCACAUCCUUUCUGUUAUUGGAGACAUUUCUGCUCAUUUAAAUGAAGACACCAAGGACAGGAUAGUCGCUGAUCUGAUGUCUUGGCUGAAGCCUUGCAGUUUGUCUCUAGAGGUGAUCAGUGCUGCUGUGCAGACGCUGUAUCAUCUGGGCUGUGGUGAUGACAUCCAACACACUCAGGCUUUCCUGAACCAGCACUGUGGUGAGCUGGUGUCAAUCUGCGAGGCUUAUCUAGCCAGCAUCAUCCUCGACGUGAACGGAACCCAGAACCUCAAUGAAGACCUGAUGAUAAAGCACCUCCACAUGCUGGGCGUCGCCUCACUUCACUGUCCAGCUAAGGUCAGCAAGAGGACGGUGCUGCUGGUGGAGUCUGUCCUCACGUCCCAUUCCGAGAAGCUGGCAGCGACAGACUGUCAGGAGGAGCUGCCAGCAUCCCUGCCUCUGUCCCAGUUCAGGGAAAACUCUCUGCCUACCAGAAUCAGAGCCCAUGGAGUGAUCACUCUAGGGAAGCUGUGUCUGCAGAAAGAAGAACUGGUCCAGAAAUACCUGCCAGUGUUUGCCAGGGAACUGGAGGUCGGCAAAGAGGUUGCCGUGCGCAACAACAUCGUGGUGGUGAUGUGUGAUCUGUGCGUCCGCUACACCAACAUCGUGGAUCACUACAUCCCCAACAUCGCGGCCUGUCUGCGAGACGAUGAAGCCAUCAUCAGGGAGCAUACUCUCAUCAUGCUGACCAACCUGCUGCAGGAGGAAUAUGUGAAAUGGAAAGGCUCCCUCUUCUUUCGCUUUAUGAUGGCACUGGUCGAUCCAGUUCCUGCAAUCGGCAGCCUGUGUGAAUACUGCCUGCUCCACCGGCUGCUCAAGAAGAACCCCGAGAUGUUCAGCCAGCAUUUCAUCGAGUGCAUCUUCCACUUCAACUCGUACAACAAACACAAAUCAUACAACAAGUUCCCUCAGAGUGAGAGAGAAAAAGUCCGGUUCUCCUUGAAAGGAGCUCAGCAUCGCGAGAAGCGCUUCCGGAUUUAUCGCUUCCUGUUGGAGCACUUCACAGACGCCCAGCGCUUCAACACCGUCAACAAGAUCAACCAGACCGUCUUUGCAUGCUUUGCGGACGAGGAGCUGCCUCUGGAUGCAGACGGUGCUGAAAUCUUGUCAGAGACCUUCAACGUGUUGAGCCUCGACGAAUUUAAGCUGCAGGCAGUGUCAGCACCAGUAGGGGGAGCUGUAGGCGAGGAGCCAGAGGAGGAGAUGGUGGCCACCAUGACCAAGGCUGUCCUGCAGGUGGCACAGAAGAAGGUGUUGUCACAGGUCCAGAAGAAGGCCUUCAUAGAAAACACAAUUCCUCUGAUCAUCAGCCUAAAGAACCUUCUGGAGCAGAAACGAUCUCCUGUCCUCAAAGACCUUAUGGCCUACCUCCAGGUGACGAUGCAGGACUACCAUAACAAUGUGAAGGAGAUCUUCGCUGGAGAUGAGCAGCUGGCGGCUGAAGUGGAGUUUGCUCUGAAGAUGGCAGAAAAGGAAAAGGAGAUGCAGGAACAGAUGGAGAACUGCAGCCUGACACCAGGCGACCAAACACCCACUGCAAAGAAUCUGGAUGUGAGGUCUCCUACCAGGAGAGUUCUGCAGCCCUUCAACUUUUCCACACCCCAGCCGCCUCGUCCAUGCCCCACCUCAUCCAGACUGGGCCUGACCGACCUGCGUGUGCGUCCAUCCUGGCAGGAGGAACAGACUCGCUCCAAGUCUUUGGGUCUGGAAAGAACAGUGAUCACAGCGGCUGGCAACAGAGCCUUCAGCACCCCCAAGGGUGUCAACAUCAGCCUCACAUUUAACCAAGGACUCAGUGCAAUCUUCAGUGAUCAAGGAACAAGUCUUACUGAGGAGUCCAAUGUUGUGCACAUGAAAGCAGACGAACAGCCGGCUGCCGGGCCGAAGCGCUGGAACGUGCUGUCCCCUUAUCGCUAGAGGAAAACACCAUCCAGAGCUUAGAUGGUCCGCAAUCUCAUCUGGGCGUUUAUCACAUCCUGUCUAUUAAUAUUCAUCUCUUCCUGUUUCCACUCUAGUCUUGCUUUGAAUGUUAUCCGACACGUUUGUCUCUGUUCUUUAUAUAUUUUUUAAUAAAGGAGAUCUAAAGAUGA